AAAAAAAAUAUUUUUGUUUCCUCCCUCCUGGUGCUUGUUCUCCAUUUGCGGUGUGCGCAUAUAAACGUUGCGGUAGCGCGAUGCGGAGCUCCGUCUAGUAGCCGCCGGGCUGGGGGCAGGUAGCGGGGGAAACGGUGUCUGUGUCUCGGUGACAUAGUGAAAGCAUCAUCGGCGGGGGCUCACACGGGCUGGAAAGAAGACGACUUCUCCUACAUGUAGGCGCAGAGGUCGCAGGGAAGAAACUCUCCGCGUCAGACACAGCCUCCAUGUAGGAGCUCCACUAUAUUUGUCUACAUAUUUUUUAAAAAGAAAGAAAGAAAAAAAAAAGAUUAAGGGGAAAACUAUGAGCGAAAACAUCUGGGUGCGGCACACUUUAAGAGGAAAAGCUUUCGCUCAGCCGGAGGUCGUUUUUCUUGCCUUUUGUAUUUCCUUGCUGAAUGUCGUGGACGUUAUGCUUUUUUUUCUCUAAAUGUUAUUAAUGCCACUGUUUCGGGACGUCUUUUUAUUCUGCUUUCCUGCGAGUUACACUCGGGAGGCGACACUUUGAGAGACAACGUUGGAGCAACUUGAAGGCGGCUUCUUUUUCUUUUUUCUUUUUUUUUUUUUUUUUUUUAUUUUUUUCUCCUCCCGAGGAGCCUGUGCGUAAAGUGGGCCACAUAGUGGGCCAGCUCCGAGAGGCUCUUUAACACAGAGGGCGACACAAGCUAGCUAGCUGCUAGCUUAGCCUCCUGAACAGCCGUUAAGCCAAGCGGCGAAGCUAAUGCCUGCGACGUAAAACAACACGAUACUUUUUUUUGCGGGAUUUCUUUCACCUCUUCUACACAAGCUGGACACAAUUUAAUGAAAAAGUGACCGGAAUAUAAUUUAGAUUCACAAGUCGUUGUUGGAUCUACCGUCACCCAUCCACUGGGAUCCAGGCGCUUGAGUCCUAAAUGACAAGGUAUGCGAGUGCCUGAGGAUGUCCAAGCGGAGUUUGUUUGUGCGUCUGGUGCCGUGCCGCUGCUUGCGGGGUGAGGAGGAGGCGGUGACAUCGCUGGACUACUCCCACUGCAGCCUGGAGACGGUUCCUAAGGAAAUCUUUAGCUUCGAGAAGACCCUGCAGGAACUCUACCUCGAUGCCAACCAGAUCGAGGAGCUGCCCAAACAACUGUUUAACUGCCAGUUACUCCACCGACUGAGCAUGCCAGAUAAUGACUUAACAGUGUUGCCGUCAGCAAUCGCAAACCUCAUCAAUCUCAGGGAGCUUGAUGUCAGCAAAAACAGUAUCCAGGAGUUUCCAGAAAACAUCAAGAACUGCAAAGUCCUCGCUAUCGUAGAAGCCAGCGUGAACCCUAUAUCCAAGCUCCCAGAAGGCUUCACUCAGCUCCUGAGUCUGACGCAGCUCUACCUGAACGAUGCCUUCCUGGAGUUCUUACCAGCCAGCUUCGGCAGGUUGACUAAGCUACAGAUCUUGGAGCUGAGGGAGAACCAGUUGAAGAUGUUGCCAAAAAGCAUGCAGAAGCUCACGCAGCUGGAGAGAUUGGACCUGGGGAGUAAUGAGUUCACUGAAGUGCCUGAGGUGUUGGAGCAGCUUUCUGGAAUCAAGGAGCUGUGGAUGGACGGCAACAGACUGACGUUUUUACCUGGGAUGUUGGGGACGCUGAAACAACUGGUGUAUCUGGAUGUGUCGAAGAACAGCCUGGAGAUGGUGGACGAGCAAAUCUGCGGCUGCGAGAGCCUCCAGGACCUUCUGCUCUCCAACAACACGCUCACACAGCUGCCCGGCUCCAUCGGCUCCUUGAAGAAACUGACUGCACUGAAAGUGGACGAGAACCAGCUGAUGUACUUGCCGGACUCCAUCGGAGGGCUGACGUCUAUAGAUGAGCUGGACUGCAGCUUCAACGAGAUCGAAGCUUUGCCUUCUUCCCUCGGCCAGUGCGUCAACAUCCGAACCUUCGCUGCUGAUCACAACUUCCUCACCCAGCUUCCCCCCGAGAUGGGCAACUGGAAGAAUGCAACCGUGCUGUUUCUACAUUCCAACAAGCUGGAGUCUUUGCCUGAGGAGAUGGGCGACAUGACGAAGCUGAAAGUCAUCAAUCUGAGCAACAACAAGUUGAAGAACCUCCCCUACAGUUUUACUAAACUUAGCGAGAUGACUGCCAUGUGGCUGUCUGAGAAUCAGUCAAAGCCCCUGAUCCCUCUCCAGAAAGAGGAGGACGCCGAGACUCACAAAACCGUGCUGACAAACUACAUGUUCCCCCAGCAAACCAGGACGGAGGACUACAUUCCCAACUCGGACUCGGAGAGCUUCAACCCGGCUCUGUGGGAGGAGCAGCGCAAACACCGAGCUCAGGUGGCCUUCGAGUGCGACGAGGACAAGGACGAGAGAGAGACGCCCCCGAGGGAGGGGAACCUGAAGCGGUACCCGACACCGUACCCAGAGGAGCUGAAGAACAUGGUGAAGACGGCCCAGUCGGUGGCUCACAGGCUGAAGGAGGACGAGUCGGGCGACGAGUCGGGGAAAGAUCCAAAACCUGCAGAGAGGAACCACAUCGGCGUGCAGGACGUGGGAGUUAAGGUGAUUGAGACCCCCUGUUCCAACGGCGUCUCAACAGACCCUCAAGUUUCCUCCAACUCGUGUCUCCAGAAUUCCUCCACAACUGAAUCAAAAGACACUUCUGAGUCUUACAGCUCCCAAAGAAUCCCACUGAAAUCCUCAGAGGGCUCCAUGAUGAACCACGAGGACACUCUGGAGGACUCUGAGGAGCUGUCGGAUGAAGAAGACGAGAUGAAGGUAGCGGAGAUGCGACCUCCUCUUAUUGAGAUCUCCAUCAACCAGCCUAAAGUAGUGACUUUAAGUAAGGACAAAAAAGACGACGGGAAAGACGCAGACUCUUUGCUGGACGACACGGUUGCCAACAGCAACCAGAACAACAGCAACUGCUCGUCGCCGUCGCGCAUGUCCGACUCGGUGUCUCUGACCACGGACAGCAGUCAGGACAACUCCCUGUGCACGCCUGAGCGAGAGGCUAAGAUGCCGUUCCUCCUUCCAAAAAGCCGGCAAGAAGACGAGAACAUGAACCAGCCUAAAGACACCACCCCUCUGCUGCAUAACGGCAACGGCUCGGAGACGUCCCUCCAGGCUCUGUUGAAGUCCCAGCAGACGCCGCCGGAGAAGAUGGGCGACUACGACCUGUCGAUGGAAGCCCGACUGGCGUUCAUCGAGAAGGGGAUAAACAACGGCAUGGGAGACGCUUACACCAAGUGGGACCAGAUCAACAUGAACGUGACCAAGCUGCAGACGGACAACAUGGUCCAGCUGGGCGACCUGGACAAAACCAAGAAUGGCUCGGUGGCCGUGGGGGACUUGAACGGCAAGCAGCAGGGUUACGGCAACGACAAUGUGGAUCAUUUGCAGAACGGAAACCAGCCGGCCGGGGGCGACUGCGUCGGCCAAGCCGUGAGACUGGAGACGUCCGCGGUGCAAGUGGCGUCGACGGGCGUGACGGCCAACAGCGACAUGUCCCUGUCUCGCAGCACGGAGGAGCUGUCUCCGGAGAGAAGGUGCCACCCCCCGCAGGUGAUGAAGUCUCACAGCAUCAGCAACAUGGAAACGGGGGGAAUGAAGCUGUACUCGUUCGACGGGGAUGACGAGUCCUAUGAAAUGGCAGCGAUGACCAGAAUGGCGGGGGCCGGCCCGGGCCUGGGAAGUCAGGGCCAGAGCAUCGUCAGGAGCAAGUCAGCGGGUCAGCUACUCAAUGACCAGACUCUCCUGGUCUACCCCGGCUCUUCAGCAUCCUCCUCGGACCUCCUCUCUUCUUCUAAGCCUCCUGUCAGCACCAGCAGAUAUGCAGUUUCCUCCGGCAUGGCCAUGGGAAUGCCCCCUCCUCAGUACAACGUACAGUACACGAGCAGCGCCGUGCCGAAGGAUGGCCUCUGGUCUCAGAGGACGCCCAUGCCGCCAGAGCACCAAGGCUACCUCCCUCCUCCCCCGCACUCGCUAGCCAACACCAAUUACUCGAACCGUAAUCAGGCGCCUCCGUACCCUCUGCAGCCCCAGCAGAGGGGGCCCCCCAUGGCUCCCAAACCGCCCGUGGACAUGUGGGCUAAAGAGAGACUUCACUCGACAGGUGGCCAGCCGAGAAGCAGCACUCUGCAGAGGCAAAGCAGCAGCGCCUCCACGACCUCCAUGGGCGACCCGAGGCGCAUGCAGUUCCCCGAGGGGGAGUACAUGACGUACAGGGACAUUCACACCCUCGCCAGGGGGCCGCUGGCCAUGAGUCAGGCCGUGCACAGGCCCCUCUCGGCUCGCACUUACAGCAUCGACGCGCCGGGUGCUUCCCGGCCCGUCAGCGCCAGGCCUCCGCCCCACGAGCUUCCGGAGAGGACCAUGUCCGUGAGCGAUUUCAACUACCAGCACAGCAGCCCCAGCAGCAGGCCCAACACCAGGGUGAAGUCCGAGCACUCGCUCCUGGACGGAGCAGGACAGGUCCCGGGGGGCCGGGUGCCGGCGGACUGGAGGGACCAGGUGAUGCGGCACAUCGAAGCCAAGAAAAUAGAAAAGAGCGCGCUGUCUCGCUCCUAUAAUUCCAAUAACUCUCCGCUGAGCUGGUCUCACUACGGCAGCUGUAGGGAUAUGCAUGCCAGCCAAGGGUCCCUGGUGUUUAGCGCCAGGGACGGACAGCCCUACGGAGCUCUGGGCUUCUGUGAUGAUAUAUUUGGUUCCCCAGGGCCACAAAGCUACACAAUGGACCCCCACAGAAAAGUGCCUUUGAUGAAUGGUCAGAUGGGCCCUUCUGUUCGUCCCCAGAUGAGCCAGUCGUCCAUGGCCCGUCACCCUUCCAGAGAGCAACUCAUCGACUACCUGAUGCUCAAAGUGUCCCAGCAGUCUCCGGGUGCUCCUCGCGUCCCGCAAGAUACGCUGCAGCAAGAGAUCCGUGUGAAAGUGGAGAAGAAUCCAGAGCUGGGUUUCAGUAUAUCAGGAGGAGUGGGAGGCCGGGGAAACCCCUUCCGACCCGAUGACAAUGGUAUAUUUGUGACAAGGGUCCAACCUGAGGGACCGGCAUCUAAGAUCCUUCAGCCUGGGGAUAAAAUACUGCAGGCAAACGGAUACAGCUUUGUGAAUAUCGACCACGGGAAUGCAGUGUCCCUCCUGAAGACGUUUCCGACCACUGUGGAUAUGAUUAUAAUUCGAGAAGUGCAAGCAUAGACUCAACUAAAACUGACCUCUUGUUAGUGUAAAGAGGAAGGAAGGGACGGGUGGAGGAGGGGGAGGGAGGGGAGGGAGGGGGCGCACACGAGAGAUUUACGUUGUCAUAUUUUUUUAUACACAGAAAGAGACUCGUCUGUUGAUACCUGUUGGGACUAUUUAUAGAAGAGAUCCUCCAUAGCCUUGACUAAACGGGGAGAAUAAAAAAAAACAAACCACUGAAUGUAGUGGGAUCAGAGCGAGACAGCGGCAAAACACCUGCGAGUACGUGUCCUCAAAAAGGCCAACACUGUGGUAUAUAUAUAUUUUUAUACAAAAGAAGCUGAAGAUAUGACAAAUACUGUGGUCUCUGUACAGAUCUUUUUUUUUUUUUUUUUUUUUUUUUUAAAGUCCUAAACACAUCAAUCAUUUUAUUUCUGGAGUUGAACAUCUGACCACUAGGGGGCAGGGCUCCCUCACUUCUGUCAUAUUUUUUUUGUUUUUUUGUUUUUGCCUUUUUUCCUUGUUUUUUUUCUUUUUUUAUUUAAGAUGUUGAAACCGUUUUCUGCUCUGACGUAUACGUACAUGCGGAGGACAGUGUUACGUGCUCGUGUCGCGUGGAGAAGGAUGUAGAACGAGGAGGCGGAUUUUUUUUUUUUGAAUCGAAGAGUCGAGAAGAGGAAAUCAUUCACACCUCCCUCACCCGCCCGUUUCCACUUGCUUCCUUUUUUAAAAAAAAAAAAAAAAAAAACAAACUAAAAAAAACAAAAACAGACUCCUCCGUCCUCGGUUCAUCUCAGCUGCUCGGAAUAUCACACCCAGACCUCACCCCCCCCCCAACACCCUUUUUUGCUACGUGGGAAAAAUAUACUUCGCAAUACAGAUGGAUCACACGGAAAUACGAAUUCACAUAUUGGAGGGGAGGAGCUUAACCUUAAUCGUGUUUUUUUGCGGGGUUAUUAUGUCGGGUUUAACGUACUGUUUUUGGGAGAAAUGUGUGUUUUAAGCUUUUCAGUCAAACAGCUGUUUCCACCAGAUUUCAGAGAGUUUUUAAAAAGGCUUUUUAUUGGCGGUUAAGCUAGUUAGCCAAAGCAAGUUGAUUGAAGAAAUUUGCAGGUAAAAGCAGGAGACGACGUAAGAGAGGAAUCAGAAUAAGGUUAAUGUUAAUAAGGCAGCCUUAUUACAGGGUGAAGCGAGGGUUUCAACAUCUGUCAGUUUUUAUUUUUAUUUUUAACAGGGGAGAAGACCACAGGUUGCCUUUUUUUGUGUCUAUAUAUAUAUAUAUUAAAAAAAAAAAAGAUGUUUUAUCAUCGUUCUUUUUACUCAUCACUUUGGCUUUUCUUUUCUUUUUAUUUUCAUUUUUCUUUGCUGUACAGAGAAUUGGAAGAAGUGUUGUAAAGUGCCAUAGACCUUGAACUGUUUGAACAGCGGGUGGGGGUCGGGGAGGGGGGGGUCAACUUCUUCUUCUUUUUAUUAAUUUUUAUUUUUAAACCCCAGAAUCCAAGCAAUAUCCACAUAAUCACCACCUCCUGGGUACAUUUGCAGCAGCUUGAAAGCAAUAGUCAAAGCUUUUAUUUUCUGUCACAAAAAGGAAGAAAAAAAUAAAAAAGCGACCUUUUAGUAAUCCCUGAUGGAUUUUACAUGAUUUUUUAUAUUGUGAAAAUCUUUCUUUGUAAUGAAACGGCACAGGAAAUAUAUACGAUAGUGCUUACGACAAAUAAAAAAAAAAAUAAAAAAAAAAGAAGAAGAUAUCUCUGCAUUGUGUAAAAACUUUGCCUGAGACUUUUUAAACCAUCUGUUGCGUAGGAUCCGGUGUCUCCUGAUGUUCAUGUGUGCAAAAAUAAUCAAGAGUUAAAGGAAAAACUGUGUUUUCAGCCUGUUAAUACUCAUUCAUUGGUGAGGUGAAUAAUUUGUCCAGUGAGACGUGUUUCCAAAAAAAAAAAGAGACGGAAAUGAUAAGAUUCACAUGCUAUAUAAUGGCCCCACGAAUUCCAGCAGCAUAUUUGUGACCACGUUUUCUACGAUAUAUAUAAUAUAUAUAUAUAUAUAUACAAUUGUGUUUUAUCCUUUUUAACGAUUAGCAUUCCCUCGACGGCACCGGUUGAACCAAACUGAAAACACUGUGGUGAUGAACUAAAAUUUUUAUCCCUUUAAAAAUGAAAAAUAAUAGUUGUGCCGUUUUAAAAAAUGAAGAUGCACCGUUAGUUUUUAAAAACUUCACUUUAAAAAAAAAUUCCCAAAUUUUUUCACUCGACUUAAUGUAUUUUUCACUAUGGAAGAGGUUUAGGGCAACUGGAAAAAAAAAUUAAAAUUUGUAGUUGGAACGAAUGAUUUUUUGUUUUAAUUUUUUUUUUUUUUUUUUAAACCUUUUUUUAGUUCUGAUGUUAAGUUUAAUGUCAAAAGUCUGAUUUUAAUCUUAGAAUUAUUUCUCCAACUUUUGAAUAAAGUCGGAAUUCUUAGAAUAAAAGUCGGAAUUGUAAGAUUUAAGUUAAAAUUCUGACUUUUUUUAAUCAGAAUUCUGACUUAAUUCUCAAAAUUUUGACUUAAAUCUCAAAAUUUUGCGAAAAAAGUCAGAAUUCUGCGAUUUAAAUAAAAUAAAAAAAUCAUUCUCUCUAACUACACUGUAGCCCUAAACCUUCCAUACUUCACACAUGAAAUCAUUGAAUCUAUUAUUUGUUUUUGUUCAUGAUUUGUGGUGUUUUUUUGUUUUUGUUUUUUUUUAGGACUAGGGGGGCAGGAUCAUUUCUGGGGUCACUUUCUAUUCAUGGCAAAAGGAAAAAAAAAAAAGUCUGACAUUGUAGACAAUCUAGGGAGAUGAAAACAUGUUUUCACAAUUUCUUCAUCCGUGUCAUUUUUUUUUUCUUCUUACUCUCCCAUAUUCUUAUUUAUUUAGCAGUUCUUCUGUGGAGUUUUAGACCUUACUAAUCAAAUUGUAAAUACUUCUAAAAGAAACAGUUUUGAGGAAAGAGUUAAUUAUGGCAUUAGUGACUCGAUUGUAAAACCAGCAAUAAAUUGCAGAUGCAGACGCGCUCCCGUUUUAAUGUAUAGCUAGGAUUUCUAAGGUUUCUCUGGAAACAGUCGCAGUGGAGAUGAUGGUGGUGAUGAUGAUGAUGAUGAUGAUGAUUAUGUUGAUGAUGAUUGAUAUGCAUUUAUCCAACAUUCCAGAUUUUGUACAUAAUUUCCUGUUUCUGAAGUAACCUGAGGAAAAAUAAACUAAUGCUGUUUAACACUGA